AUGGGCGAAUUUUCCCAAAGCCGGCGCGGCUUUGACUCCAGCGGCGUUUUCCGGCUGCGAAAUGUCGGCCAGGAGGAGGCGGAUUAUGAGGCGAUCGGCUUUCUGGAGCAGGACUGGGGCGCUGAACGUGACAGCUCCGGGCGGCGCUGGCGCCGGGUUGUGGACGUCCAGCCGCCGCCCAUGGCUUCGGUUCGUGCGAUCUCCGAGCCUGAAGUGAGAAUAAAAAUGAACAUGGACCAAGUAGAGGAUGGCGAGCAAGACGGCAUCAGCGGAGGCAUGGCGGAUGAGAAGAAGCCAAGCUACGAGGAGGUGAACGGCAAGGUCGGGGACGGCCCGGUGAUCGACGAGGAGGGCCUCGCCGUGCAGUCGACUGGCGGAAUGGCCGUCAAGAAGAGCUACGAGGAGGUGCACGGCAAGAUGCCCACGGGCCCGGUGCGGGACAGCAAGGGCCUGGCGCAGCAAGUCUGCGGCGCUCCGCGCACGAAGAAGUCCUAUGAGGAGACCCACGGCCCGGUGGGGGGCCCCGGAGGAAAAGUGGACUUCCAGUUGCAGAACUUCACUGCCCGAGAUCUAGAAUCUCAGCAGAUGUCGAGCAUCACCGAUUCGAGGCAGCGACUGAUGGACGUGCCGGCCGAAGGUAUCGAUCAGAACCUGGCGAGUCUGACUCGGGCCCAUGCGAGUCAGACGCGAUCGAGUCAGACGCGAGCCAGAAGGCUCUAUGAGCGCCAAAUCUCUUCGGACAGCUGGCGCCGGAGGCGAGAAGAGUCAGAGCAGCACAUCGCCGAGUUGGCCAAGACCCGCGCAGAGUACAGCGCCGUGCUAGAGCGAGCGCCGGAGGGAGCCAAGUGGCCCUGCUACAACGAGAAGUGCAAGGUCCACGCGCUCUGCGACUUCCUGGCGCGGCGCUUCGGCACGGUGCUGGCCGGGUGGCGAGCCAUGGAUGCCCGGGGCAAAGGCUCGUUGUCCUUCAGCGAGUUCUGCCGCAGCUGUCGGCUCAUGCGCUUCGACGCGCCGCUGCAAGUGACCUGGCAGAAGAUGGACACGAAGCGCCGGGGCGUCGUCACCUUCGAGGAGCAUUUGGCCAGAGAUCGCGCAGCAGACCAAGAAGCUCCAGGACGCUCUGGUCACGGACUGCGGGAGUUUGGUGAAAGGCUGGCAGAGAUGCUUCGACCCCCGGUGCCGAGGCUAUGUGACUCUUGA